AUGGGGAGUGGAGAGGGAGGGGCCCCGGGCAAGAAAGAGGCCAAAGAGAAAGUGGACGUGGGGAGGGGGGGAGCAGAGUCGGGCACACGGCUCCAGGGCGGGGGAGGGACACAGGGUCUGGCCGAGUGCCAGGCACAGGCUCAGGGUGCAGGAGAUGGCACCACCUCACCCUGUCCCGUCUUUUUCUCCCCUGCCAGGUUGGAGGGAUUCCCACUUUUCUUGCAGUACUCAGAUGGAGUCUUCUACGAUCUGGACAGCAGCAAACACCCCAGCUACAUGGACCCUGAAGGCAUGGUGGAUUCCCUGUGGGGCUGGACAGAGCCACCGCCCAGCCUGGCCGCUUCCUACGAGCCCUUCGACCCCUCGGCCGCCUCGCUCGGCCACUUCCAGGGCCUCCAGCUCUCGUACCUGCCGGUCAGCUAUGGCCCCAGUGGGCAGCUGGAAGCGGCCUCAGGCCCGGGGCCCAGCACCUACCCGGAGGAGGACUUUGGAGUCCAGCCCCUGCCCCCCAUUUGCCCAGUUCCCCAGGUCCUGGCACAUCUGAAGACGAGGAGUUCCCGAUGGAUGGCCCAGCCCUGGAGGUGUCCGACAGUGAGUCCGAGGAGGCCAUGGCAGCCGGAGGGGAAGGGAGAGGAGCAUCUGACGCAGGUAUGA